AUGUGGGAGUUUGCCAUUUUGGACAACUCGGUUCCAGUUGGAUAUAUGCUUCCUGAGCAUGUAGCCGAGAUGAGAUGGGAAAAUACAAGCUUCAACAUCUCCAAGUCCAAACGAAGGAUACAUCUAGACCCAGUUGUUCAGCAAGGCGAUGACGUUGUCGAGAUAUGCCGCCGUGAAUUUAUAGCGCUAUGCGAGAAAAAUGUCGACAACCUCAAUGGCUGCUUUAGAAAGUGGCUCAAGAAAAGGUCAGACUUUCACCCCAUCCGCGGUCUUGAUGCAAAACUGGCUGGGUUGGUGAUCCCUUCGCCUGCCAGAGGAAUCUUUGGCAUCGUCACGACGGGUGUUCACAUGAACAUGUUCACCGUGAGAAACGGCAGGAUCCACGUGUGGGUUUCGAAGCGCUCUCAAAACGUCACAUAUGCUAGAAAACUCGACCAACUAGUUGCGGGAGCAAUGGACCCAGCAGACAAGAUGCAGCCUCUGAUGACGCUGAAGCGUGAAGCCAUGGAAGAAGCAGGGCUCGUGGUCAACACUGCCACGAAGAUGGUGACUUGGAACAAUGCCCAUGUCGGCAAAGUCACUUCCGAAUCGAUGAUUUCAUUCUAUGACCAGAAGGACCAUAUUGCUGGCAGUGAAGAGGGCCAUGUUGAGCCAGGGAUCCGUUACACCUAUGACCUGGAGGUUGGCCCUGAUUUUGUCCCAUAUCCUCAGGAACCAGAAUCUAUCGACGGGUUUAUUCUGAAACCCGUGGAAGAAGUGAGGAGGGACUUGAAGAAUGCCGAGUGGAAGCCGAAUUGUGGACUCGUUAUGCUGGAUUUUUUACUCCGGAAGGGAGAGAUUAGGGAGGGAGAUGAUGAGAACUUCGGACUGUUGCGGCGCGGCCUCGCCAGGAAAUUGCCAUUUUACAACCUGUGA